GGGAACUGUGUGGCGAGAGGGCCAUCUCCUUGGCGGCGGGACGCAGAGGAGACAGCCUCGCUGGCAACUGCCCUACUCUGCCAGCGGCUCUUCCUGCAGGCAUUUGGUCUUGGGGGGUUGUGCCAGCAGGCGGGAGCUGCGCUUCUGGAUGUGGGACUGGAUUUGCUUGUUGUUCUCUUGGGGCGGAACCUUUGGACUUAGGAAGGGGAGCCUGGUGCUUCACAUCAAUAGAAAGCAAGAAAUAUGUGGAAGCUGAAGCUAAGAAAACAUGUGACUGGUUGCGCGCUGCUGGAUUUCCUCAGUAUGCACAACUUUAUGAAGAGUCUCUGUUUCCUCUUGACAUCUCCUCUGUGAAGAAAGACCUUCGCUUUCUGGAUGAAGAUUGCCUCAAAUCCCUCUGCAGGAGGCUCAUGACCCUGAAUGCCUGUGCCUCGAUGAAGCUGGAAGUCCACUUUCAGCGGAAGCAGAGUGAUGACUCCGAGGAAGAAGAUGUCUGUGUCAUCAGCAACCAGUGGGCCUUCCAGAAGGACAGCAGAAGGUGGUCUCGAAUUGACUCCGAGGACUUCCUCCUCUCUGGCAGCCUGGAGAGAUUGUCCAGCAUGAGAAAAGAUUCCAGCCAAGAGAGCAUCCUCACCGACGUCAGUGCUGACCUGGAGGCCCCGCCUCUCCCCAGCAACGCCAGCACAGGCCAAACUGUAGCUGUCAGAGUCACGCCACCUGACCGUUCCCCCAUCCAGACCUCCCCAGCCUUAACCAACUCCACCCAAAGCUUGAGUGAUCAUUCACCGACAGACCCCUCUCCACAUUGGAGCUGGAACAGCAAGGAAAAGCCCAAGAAAUGUCGGACCCAGAGCUUCCUGAAGAGGAUUGAGUCUCUGCGGAAGAAGGACAAGGAGAAACUGGAUUCUUCGAGAGUCAGAGAGGAGGAGGGAGCCGAGGCCUCGCGCAGUGUUGCAGACCCUCCCCCUGGGAAGAAGGCCCUGCUGGGAAGGGGAAUAUCAUCGCCUCUCCACAGCAGUCAGAACCUCUCAACAGGCUGCCAGACUAACCAGGCCUUGGCUGGAAGCAAGCCACCGUUCAAGCCCAAGCACGGCAGUGUUUAUCUGGAGGACAGUGAAACAGCCCUCUCGGGGGGCGCCAGCUGGGCCGGUGGGGGCUUCGGACACCCGGCUCGGUUGAAACGGGACUAUUUGAUCCACAUUCCCAAGGACCACAAGCCAGGCACUUUCCCCCGGUCCCUCUCCCUCGAGAGCUUGUGCCCCCCUGACAGCAGCCAUUUAGCUAACUGGGAACCUGUCGGCAAAGGCCUGAGCCUCCCGGCAGGUGGGACUGGUGGCAGCAAGAGCAGCUGCCUGGAGGCCCCUUCCCUGCUGACGUCUCGAUACGGACAAAGGCUGCUCUCUGGCAUUUCCACAGGCAGCUGCACCAGCCUCUACGACAACGUGCCUGAGUUUGGCAGCAGGGACGACAGCCUCUUUGACUUGGACGGGGAGGCGAUUUACGAAAGCCUGGAUGACGUCUUGCAGCACGUCUGGGGCUUGCAGCAGAAGGUGGAGCAGUGGUCCAAGUUGGUCAGGCUGGACUUGGAGUGCAGAGCUGGGGAGGAAGGGGGGGAGGAGACAGACUCGGGGGGAGAACCCGCUGCCCUGAACUUUGAGGAACAGUCCACCUCCGACAUAGGCACUUCCGCCAGUGACUUUGACAGCACUGGCAACUCUCUGAAUGAGGCCGAAGAUACGGACAUGAGAGAAAGAAGAGAUUCUGGAGUGGGAGCCUCACUUACCAGACCUUGCAGGAAGCUUCGCUGGCACAGCUUCCAGAACUCCCACCGGCCCAGCCUGACCUCGGCCUCCUUGGAGAUCAACCGCCAGUCAGCUGCACAGCUCCAUCUUCUCCAGAAGUGCUCCCUCCUUCGCCUCACAGCCAUCAUGGAAGAAUUCUCGGCUCCCCACAAGCAGACGUGGGCAUGGACUGUUCCAAAGUUCAUGAAGAGGAGCAAGACCCCUGCCUACAAGGGCAAGAUGGUCUUCGGGGUCCCUCCCGCCAUCACUGUCCAGAGGACGGGACAGCCCCUCCCCCAGAGCAUCCAGCAGGCCCUGCGCUAUAUCCGCAGCCAGUGCCUUGGCCAGGUUGGCAUUUUCCGCAAAUCAGGGGUGAAGUCACGGAUCCAGGCCCUGAGGCUGCUGAACGAAGUCUCUCCAGAGAACGUGGACUAUGUUGGGCAGUCGGCCUACGAUGUGGCAGACCUGCUAAAGCAGUACUUCCGUGACCUCCCAGAGCCCAUUUUCACCAGCAAGCUCACGGAUACUUUUUUACAGAUUUACCAGUUUGUCCCCAAAGAGCAGAGGCUUCAAGCUGCGCAGGCUGCCAUCGUCCUGAUGCCCGAUGAGAACCGCGAAGUGCUGCAGACUUUGCUCUACUUCCUCAGUGACAUCGCAGCUGCCCAGGAGAACCAGAUGACGGCUGGGAACCUGGCCGUGUGCCUGGCACCCUCCCUCUUCCAUCUCAAUGUUUCCAAGAAAGAGAGCACCUCCCCACGGAUGAUUCAGAAGAGGAGCACCAUGGGAAAACCGGACCAGAAGGACCUGAAUGAGAACAAGGCUGCCACUCAGGCCCUUUCACACAUGAUUACAGGCUGCAAGGAGCUGUUUCAGAUCCCCCAUGACAUGAUGCUCCAACUGUGCAGCUCCUACAUCUCAGCCGAUGCUCACCCAACACUCUCCUUCUCUGAGCUGACAAGCCAGAACCUGCGAGGGGAAGGCACGGCGUCCCCGGCAGACCUGGAGGGCAGCAUUCAAAGCCUGCUCAAGGAGGCAUCGGAGCGCUUCAAGGGCUGGCUCAGUACGCCUGGUCCUCAGGGCACAGAGCUGUCAAGCAAGAAGGUGCACGAUGGACAUCCUUUGCGGUUGUGGAAAGUGACCACUGAAGUGGAGGCACCGCCCCAGGCAGUCCUUGAGCGGGUGCUGCGAGAGCGGCAGCUUUGGGAUGAAGACUGGUUGCAGGGGGAAGUGAUCGAGGCCCUGGGCGAGAACACGGAGGUGUACCACUCCGUGACAGACAGCAUGGGCCCCCACCCCCGCCGAGAUUUCGUGGUUCUUCGGAAGUGGCACACAGACCUGUCCCGAGGGGCCUGCCUCCUGGUCUCCGUAUCACUGGACCAUAAGAAGUUGCCCCUGGAAGGGGGGGUCAGGGCAGUGAUCCUGACCUCCCAGUACCUAAUGGAGCCCUCUGGGGUGGGGUGCUCAAAGGUGACUCAUAUCUGCCGGGCUGAUCUCAGAGGGCGUUCUCCAGACUGGUACAGCCGGGUCUUUGGCCAUCUCUGUGCAAUGGAGCUGGUCAGGAUACGCAAUUCCUUCCCAGUAUUCAACUCGUGUGGCCCAGAGACGAAAAUCUGAGGGUGUCAGACCACACUAUUUUACUGACUAAGCUCUGCCCUUCAGCACUAUUGAGGCAGGAUGUUGCAACAAAGCCGCUUAGCCGUUGGAUCACCGGAGUGCAGGGCCCCCCACCCCACCCCCCGUAUCAGUGCCUUACUCCUGCUGUGAAGGAGGGUCUGCCUUAGCCCCUCUGGCACUCAGGGGGCAUCCUGGGCUGAGCCUAGCAGGCCUUCGGGCUGAGGAUGAAGAUCCCAGCUCGUGUUGCCCUCGACUGAUUCAGUAAUGCCUGUUGCUGCUUAGAAAGGAGCUGGAAAAACUGUAAAGAGCCAUGACAUCGUCCUUGAUGCAGGAGCCGCACACCCAUUAUGAGGGAAAGAGGCGCCCUGUACACGGUAGCUGGGACCACAGGAUGAGGGUGAGCAGAGGCUGUAUCUUGGCAGCGAAGCACGCGUUAAGUGGGAUCCUAGGUUCGGGGCGGGCGUCAUUGGAGCUUUGAAACCCUUUUCGUGCCUAGGCCUUGGUUAGCUGCCACCGCACAGGGUAGACCACGUUGGGUUAGCUGGACCGUUGGUCUGACUCACUAAUCUUGGAAUGGCCAUUACUCUUGGUGGCACCUAGAUAGUAAAACUCGAGUGGCACACCAUAGGUGUGAUGAAGAUGUUGGUGUAUGAAUGGCUGUCAGAUAUUGGUGUAUGGAGCUAUCACAGAACCUGUGAGCUUGGAGUUGUUGCUUUAAGGAUGGGGAAGGAAGUUGGUUGUACGUGAAGGUUGUGGGGUUUUGUGUUUGUGCGGUAUCUGCCUUUCUGUAUCGUAGCACAUAGAAAAAGGUGUGUGUGUGUGUGUUAGAGACUGGCUGUGUGUAAAAGCCAGAAAGCUUGACUGCUGGCUGAUAGAUACAAGGGAUUCUGCUUAAAGGGAUUCCCUUGCUCAUAGGUGUCUCCCUGGAUGUCUGUCAAGAUCAAUGAGAAUUUCCCCAUUAAUGCUGUGGGACUGGAUGGAGCUGCUAAAUCCGGACCCCUCCCAGUUCCCUCCCCAAUCUGGCCUAAGGCUCCUGAUGCCAGGGGAAUGCUGAGAGUCUGUGCUGCUUCCAUUGACAAGAUUUGGGUUCCAGGCGGCCGUUUCAUGAGCUUCUGCCACAUAACCUAGUUGCAGAGGGUGACAACACUUUUUGCACGGCUGCCAUCACCUUAAUACCAUAGGAAAAUUGUUAGGGCAGAGAUAGAGGCAACCCUUUUGAAGUGAAUGCCAGAAAAUGCACAUACAGCUCCUGCCUACAAAGCAUCUGAUGUGCCAGCAAACGGAAGGGUGGCAGGAGGUGAGGGUGGUGCUUGGAAGGAGACGGAGUCCAGGAGCACCAGCAGCCUUCGCCUAGUCCUGGGGAAAUGGCCCUGUAGCCCCCUAGCAAAGUGGCGAGGUGUGCCGUUGCUUGUCACACAUGGUAGGUAGGGGAUUGUCUGCCCCAGGCAAGGAGAUUUGACGUGACAUAUUUAAUGCUGUUGUACGCAAGGGGUCAAUGUACAUGAACUGCAGUCUAGUGUCCCCACAGCAUGUGCAUAACAUACACCCUUAAGAGACCUGGCCAUGUCUGCAGGUGAUGGAGGAGAGAAAGAAACACUAGAUCUCCAGGAUGCUAGACUAACAGUCUGACCAUAGCUAAUGCUGGCUUGUCAGUAACUCCAAAGAACCCCCAUCAAGAGACCCAACUGAUGUGAUGUCAUUUCUCCUGGAAGGCUAGACACCCUCACCUGUCCGGUUUCUAAAGGCGGAUUUCACAGAUCAAUUGUGCUUUUUCAUGUUUUGGUUCUUUUAGUACAGUUUUUCUUGUGUUUGUGGCAGUGGGGGAGUUGUAUUUCUGUUGUCUUUGGGAAACUCAUUCUUUUCUAAUCAAUAUACUUGAUUUAUAUUGCUCUAUAAAUACUGUACAGUUGGAAUAUUAAUUUAAUAUAUAACCCAAGUGUGUGAGCAUUUGGAUGGAAGAUGUUCAGCCAGGGGAGGAAGAGAUGUGUAUUUUGUAUUUAAGGAUUUUUUUUUUGUACCAAAAGCAGUCACCAAAAAAGUGUCAGAGUCCGAGAGAAGUUCCUCUUUGUAUAAUAAAUCAAUAAGUACUAAUAUA